AUGGCCGUUGAUGUGCACCAAGUUUGGCUUCUCUCUCUCCUGCUUCUCCUCCUACUGCUUCUCAUGAAAAAGAAAAUUUCCAAUAAACAAAACAAGAACCUUCCUCCAAGCCCUCCCAAGCUUCCUUUCAUAGGCCAUUUACACCAGCUUGGUCCAUUGCCUCACCAAUCUUUGUGGCAACUUUCCAAGAAAUAUGGCCCGGUUAUGCUUCUUCGACUUGGCUACUUGCCAACCGUUAUAAUAUCCUCCGCCGAGGCUGCGAAAGUAGUCCUCAAGACUCAUGAUCUCAGCAGCUGCAGCCGACCUCCAUUACAUGGCCCUCGGAGACUAACAUACAAUUUUCGAGACUUGGCAUUUGCGCCUUACGGUGAAUAUUGGAGGGAGAUAAGGAAAAUAUGUGUUCUUGAGCUUUUCAGCGUGAGGAGGGUCCAGUCAUAUUGGUCAGUAAGGGAAGAAGAAAUUACUAGGCUGAUCAACUCGAUAUCUCAUCACGCGUCUUCUUCUUCUCCUGUUGAUCUUACUGAGAAGUUGUUUGCUCUUACCGCUGGUAUGAUUUUCAGGAUUGCUUUUGGAACAAGUUUCCAAGGGAGUGACUUUAAUCACACAAGAUUUAAUGAAGUGGUCCAAGCCGUUGAGGCCACUAUGGGAAGCUUCUGCGCAGCAGAGUACUUCCCAUACGUGGGAUGGAUUGUUGACAGACUCUCUGGUUUACAAGAGAGGCGCGAAAAGGUAUUUCGGGAUAUGGAUACUUUCUUCCAAAGCGUGAUUGAUGAUCACCUGAGUCCUGGGAGAACAAAACAGCAGCACGACGAUAUCAUCGAUGUGCUGCUGAAAAUAGUGAAAGAGCAAGAGGGGUUUGGAGCUGCUCAUCUAACCGAAGAGAAUAUCAAGGCAGUUCUCUUGAAUAUUUUUUUAGGUGGGGUAGAUACUGCUGCGCUAACCAUGGUGUGGGCAAUGGCGGAGCUAGCCAAGAGACCGAGCUUGAUGAAGAAAGCACAGGAUGAAGUUAGAAACUGCGUUGGAAACAAAGGAAAAGUCACUGAUGGUGACACUGAUCAGCUCCAUUAUCUCAAAAUGAUAAUUAAGGAGACUUUCAGAUUGCAUCCUCCGGCUCCACUGCUUCUUGCUAGAGAAAGCAUAUCUCACUUCGAGGUCAAUGGCUAUGACAUCUACCCGAAGACCAUGAUCCAAGUGAAUGCUUGGGCUAUCGGACGAGACCCCGAGUCCUGGAAGGAUCCCGAGGAAUUCAUCCCGGAGAGGUUUAUGGAUAGUCCCAUCGAUGUCAAAGGGCAACAUUUCGAGCUGUUGCCAUUUGGUUCUGGCAGAAGGGUGUGUCCAGCUAUAUAUAUGGGAACAACAACAGUGGAGCUUGGCCUUGCGAAUCUCUUGUACAGCUUUGACUGGAAAUUGCCUAAUGGAAUGAAGGAGGAAGAUAUCGACAUGGAAGAGUCAGCUGGUCUUUCCCUUACCAUCUCCAAGAGAACUCCACUCAAACUUGUCCCAGAGAAGCACUUCUAG